AUGGCUCCGUCAGCGCUCUCGAACAACGAGCACAGCACAAAUGGGACUGAUUCCACGAACGGCAAGCAUCAUGUCGUGAAGAAAUCAAACGGAGGUCAGAUCCACCUAUCCUCAGCCGACGUUAUCAGGCUGGAGCAUGAACAUGGCGCACACAACUAUCACCCUCUCCCCGUGGUCUUUGAACGCGCGCAGGGCGCCAAAGUAUGGGAUCCGGAAGGCAGGGAAUACAUCGACAUGCUGUCGGCGUACUCUGCUGUCAACCAGGGACACUGUCACCCGAAAAUCGUCAACGCCCUAGUACAGCAGGCCCAGAAACUCACACUAUCUUCGCGCGCCUUCUACAACUCAGUAUUCGGGAGCUUCGCGCAGAAGAUUACGCAGAUGUUCGGAUACGACAUGGUCCUCCCGAUGAAUACGGGUGCCGAGGCCGUUGAAACUGCCAUCAAGCUAGCACGGAAGUGGGCAUACGAGAAGAAAGGCGUUGCAGAUGGCGAGGCCAUCGUUUUCAGUGCGGAAGGCAACUUCCAUGGAAGGACUAUCGGAGUGAUCAGCAUGAGCACGGAUCCGGAGAGCCGUAGGGGAUUCGGUCCUUAUCUCCAGGCCGUCGGUCCGAGCUUCGAAGACGGCAGCAAUCUGAGAACGAUACGCUAUGGCGAGAUCUCUGACUUGGAGCGCGCCCUCGAGCUGCACGGCAAGAAUGUGGCUGCGUUCCUCGUUGAACCCAUCCAAGGUGAAGCCGGUAUUGUCGUCCCCCCUGCAGGCUACCUUGCUCGAGUGCGCGAGUUGUGCACGAAGCACAACGUCCUCCUCAUUUGCGACGAGAUUCAGACGGGUCUCUGCCGCACUGGAAAGAUGAUGUGCUAUGAACAUGAUGAUAUCAGACCAGAUAUUGUUCUUCUAGGCAAAGCGCUUUCCGGGGGUGUAUACCCUGUGUCGGCGGUGCUAGCGGAUCGAGAUGUUAUGCUUUGUAUUCAGCCCGGAGAGCACGGAAGCACGUAUGGCGGUAACCCACUUGGAUGUGCUGUUGCCAUGACCGCAUUGGACGUUCUAGUUGAAGAGAACCUUGCGCAACGUGCCAGUGUCCUUGGAGAGAAAUUUCGCGUAGCUGUAGAGGCUAUCAGAUCUCCAUUGAUCAAGGCUGUCCGUGGGAGGGGUCUUCUCAAUGCCUUGGUAAUUGACGAAGAAGCAAGUUCUCGGGGCCGAACUGCGUGGCAGUUCUGCCUCCUCUUGAAGAGCAGGGGAGUGUUGGCAAAGCCUACACAUGUUAACAUCAUCCGCUUUGCCCCACCCCUCGUGAUCUCUGAGCAAGACCUCAUGAAGGUUGUCAAAGUGAUCGAGUCCGCUCUUAUAGAUCUGGACAAGCUCGAUGAUAUUCCAGGGGAUGUGGAUAGCGAGAAGGGUCAUAAGGACACCCUCACCCUCUGAACCUCAAGGACACCUUACAACUACCAUGGUCGAACCUUGUUUAAGUGUAGCUUCCCUGUAUCCUUACUUGGUGGCGUUUCUCCUCACGCUGCCAGCCAUGUAUCACCAAUAGUUCAUUAUGGCUGUGGACCUGA